CGCCGCUCACGAAAGUAACGCGGCCGUGCGGUGCGGCAGCCAACCGGCGGCGCCGUUGCUUAAAUCAACGGUUGCUGCUCGCCCCCCCCCCCCCCCCCUCCCCUCCCCUCCCGCGUGUCGUCUGCGCUUGCAAUGCCAGCGACGACGCCUCCGUCCCCGUCCGCUCGCCUCUAUGCUCCACGCCGCGCGCAGGCGGACGCCGCCUCUCCCUGCCUUCUUCGCCUCCAAGCCCCACCCACCGCUGCUGCUCGUCCACGCCGCCGUCUCCCGCUGCCCCUCCGACGCCCUCGCGCUCCCCUUCUUCCUCUGCUGCGCACGCAGCCCCGGCUACUUCCACCCGCCCUCCUCCUUCGACCGCCUCCUCCCCGCCCCAGCGCUCCUCCGCGAGCUCAAAAGCCUCGGUUGCCCCAUCAGGCCCCAAACUUUCCUACUCCUGCUCAGGCUCUACUGGCGCGGGGGGCUCUACCAGCUCGUGCUCGAGCUGUUCGACCAAAUGCCCCUCUGGGGAUUCCGUCCCAACGCCUUCGCCUGCAACGUCGUCCUCGACGUCCUGCUCAGGACAGGCCAUGCCCACGACGCGCGGCGUGCCUUGCGGGACAACCCGUCGCCCAACUACCUCACCUAUCCCAUCGUGCUCACUCAUCUCUACAGAGCCGGGCAUUGGCCUGGGGUGCGGAGCUGUUUCAUAGAAAUGCUGCAGCAAGGGUUUCUCCCAAGCACUGCUUCUCUUACGACAGUUUUUGCUUGCUGCAGUAAGGUUGGAACCUUGCCCGAGAUUCUACAGCUGCUGUCUUUCGCGAACGUCUCGGGUUGCAAGCUCACCUCGGCCAUGUGGACAUGUUUGAUCGCUCGUACGUGCCGCGAGGGGAGACUGGACAAGGCAUGUAGGAUGCUAUCAAAGAUGGUGGAUUCGGGUUCUUUUCCCACGGUGGUCACUUACACACCGCUUGUCAGAGAAUUCUUCCGAGCUGGGAAGCGUACCAAGGCCCGUGAGCUUUGGGGAUCCAUGCUGUCCACUGGUUCCAGCCCAGACCUUGUUUUGUAUAAUGUGCUGAUGGACUGCAUGGCGAAGGAGGGGAGACACGUUGACGCCCUAAACGUUUACAGGCGUAUUCAUGGCAGGCCAAUAAAGCCGGAUGCAUACACUUUAUCUACUUUAGCUCGGGUUUUACGGAUGUCGUCUAACAGAGGUCUUCUUCCCGGAUUGAUUCUGGGCUCAGACAUCUCUUAUGAUCUUGUGGCCUGCAAUUCUGUGAUGAGUGUUCUGUGCAAGUCAGGUUUUCCAUCAGAAGCCAUCUCGUUCUACAUUGGUAUGAUCAACAAGUGUAUCUGGCCAGACAACUACACUUAUGUUGGGUUAUUGGAUAGCCUGUGCCAGUUGGGAAGGGUAAGCCAUGCAAUCAGAUUUUACCGCACUAUUGUUGUGAGCAAUCCUGAAUCAAAUGCCUAUGUCCAUUCAGUCAUCCUCUGUGGUCUUGUUAGACAGGGCCAAAAUGUUAUGGCCUUAAGAAUUUUGAGGGAUGCUGUAUAUGAAAAUUAUGCUCUUGAUGCUGUAUGCUACACUAUUGUUUUACAUGGUCUUUUCUGCGCUCAUCUGGUGGAAGAGGCUUGCAGGUUGUUUGACCAGAUGAAACGUUCAGGAAUGGCAUCCAACACUUGUACAUACAAUGUUAUGCUUUGCGGACUUUGUAGGACCAGGGAUCUGCAUGCUGUCAAGCAGUUGCUAACAGAAAUGGAAUGUGCUGAUGUUGGGAUGGACAGUAUAUCAUUUAAAACAGUAGCUGUGCUCUUAAUUAAGUCAUGACGUAUUGGCUCAGCUGCUUCAGUGAUCAGAGAAAUGCUUAAUCUAGGCAUGAAACCUAGUACCAAAACCUGCUCAAUACUUUCUCAGUCCGUUGGCUAUGAUUUUGUUCUGGAGGAUAAUACCACUGCCACUGUUGAAAGUGAUGGGUCUGACUCAUCCAAUGAUCUGCUUAUAUGCUCAACUUCAUAGACCAUAUUAUGUCAACUGAACAAGCAUAAUGUUUCUCACCUUCUCCGAUUUGGUCUUGCACAGCUGCAUAUAGAUCCAAACUACCAAAGGAUGGUGAAUCCUCAAUGACUUUUUGCAUUCCAUAGUACUUAUCUGCCAGAGUCCAUCUAUCAAUCGCGGGUGUUCUUUUUGGAUGAACAUCUACUGGGGUGAAGUGCCUGUGGCAAUCAAUACAACUUUCUGGCAACAACUCCUUUUACUUGUUUGUUGGUUCUAGCUGGCAUGCUUGGCUCUAUCUGGUUCUCUUAUCUUUCCCAAGGAAAUGAAGUGGUCUGGUGUUAUAAAUAUUGGAUUUUUCUGCAGACUUGCAGUUUAAAUUAGGGGGUUUACACUUUAAAUGAUUUCUCAACAUGGCCCAUGUACUUGAUCUGAGAGAAAGUGCAGGUAGGCAGGCACAUGAUUCAAAUGAGAGCGAGCUCUAAAAAAAUAAAAAAUUAGAAAGAACCAAAACAGUGACACCACCUUUUGAUGUACCAGAUAUAUCCUAUUUUUUCUGCUCUAUAAUGAGACUGAGCUGCAAAGUA